ACAGAUGGCUUCUUCUCUGCGCUCGUUGGUCCUCCUCUGCGGGAUCUGUGGACUGUUGGCUGGAGUUUCGUGUCAAACCAUAAAAGGUUUCUGUCCCAAAGGCUAUACACGUUUGAAUGAUCGUUGCCUCAUCUUCGAACAUGAACCGAGAACCUUUGCUGAUGCGGAGCGUGUCUGCAACAUUCUGGGUGGGAAUCUGGUUUCCAUCCCCAACGGUGUGGAAAAUGCAGUCAUUAUCGAACUGAUACGGGAUGGAUCAGGAGAUGACUUCAAAAACACUUGGAAUGGAUAUCAUGAUACACUCUUGGAGGGUAACUUCGUCUGGAGUGAUGGCACGGCUGAAGAUUUCACUGACUUUGCGCCCACACAGCCAGACGACACGGGAAAUGAGGAUUGUGUGGAGAUUCGGGCCGAUGAUGAACAGUGGAAUGAUGUCGACUGCACAAAUGAGAAUUCAUUUGUUUGUGCCAUAGAUGUGCUGAAGAAACACUAAUCAGGCCAUCACAUCUUCUACCAAAAUGUCUUUCCUACCAUCUGGAUGAUAAAAUACUUCAGGGAGAACCUUCUUAUUUCCAGAUCUACUUUCAUAGCCCUUUUCCCAUCACAUUCUUCUUCUGCACCUUUCUGAGAUAAUUGGUUGUGGUUAGUCAAAAAAAAUAAUAAUGAAAACUUACAAGUUGGGACUAAUAAAUGAUGGAAGUUGUCUACGCAUCAUAAACGUGUCUGUGCAUUUUGCUUUUCUUAAAAAUCUUCAAACUUGGUUGACAUGAAGUUAAGCUCAGCUUUACACCGCAGGUCCAAGUGCGCGGUUCUGAUGUAUGAAAUGGCAUUUUUUUGACUGUGUAUGUCAAUGUACAAUACAAGUGACACAGAUUGUGUCCCAUAUGACCGUCAGCAAAGGCACCUCUGCCUUCUCUGACUGCUUACACCGCGUAUGACCUCAGCUUGAAUAAAACUAUGCCUAACAUCAUGUC